ACAUUUAUAAAUUUUAUAUAUAGACAUGGUUAGGCCAUCUGGCCAGCUCUCAGCUGAGAGCGCCAACAAGGCCGGACUGCUGACUGAGAAGGAUAUGCGCGAACGUGAGCAGCGCUAUAUGCAGCGGCUGCAGGACAUCAGCGUUAGCUGCAACUUAAUCAAGGAUGCCACCGAUGAGUUUAAUAAGCUGGAGGAGCAGCGUGCGCAUCGCGAGCAUUGGGAUCAUCAUAUACGCUGCGAUGGACUGCCACGCCCCUAUAUACCGCCCGAGAUGCGCACGUUUCUGGAGCGACUGCGUCACUAUCAGCAAUUUGAUGUUAAUCAUAGCAUUGACUGGACUAUGAAUGUGGAUGAGCGCACGCUUCUAACUCAGGAUAUAUUUCGCACGGAUAAGUCGCGUAGACAUGUCAAAGUGAGCAUGGAUGAUCAUAUAGGCGAGCGUUUCCAAAAGGAUAUCUAUAUGUAUUUGAAUACACUGCGCAAAAUCGAUAUAAUGCUGGAUAACAAUGCGGAAAUGGCGCGUGUUGCGUUUCCGCUGCAAAUGGAGAUUAUGGAGGUGCGACGUGAAAUUGAGCGUGAGCUUGAUGCCUGCAUCGAUCGCUUGACCUACAGAAUUAUACGCAUGGAUAGCGUCUACAUGAACUCUAGCGACGCUAUAGUAGCCAAGUGGGGCUUCAAGUGCGAUAAAUAUGCCAUUGAUAUCUGGAGUCUGCGCAAUGUGCCCAUACGCUUCAAUGAGCUGCCCGCUCCAGCUAUGCUGGCGGUGUUCAGCUGCGCCGGCGUGCGCGUGCAGAUGCCGCUUAGCGUGCUGCGCGAUUGUCUCACAGUGCGCUGCGUACACACGGACUACGAUACGUAUUCGCAAUAUGCCAAGAGCUUCGAUGAGGUUAUUACAGCGGAUUCGCCUAAUGUGGACAUUAAUGCUGGUGUUGUUGACAUUGAGGAUUGCCUGAUUAACGAGUGGCUUAUGCAGCUGGAUAUACAAGAGGAGCUGCUCAACAAUAUGAUACAGCGCCGGGAGGCGUAUGAGGAAAUUAUGCAGAUCAUCAAUGAGCGCACGGAGAAGGCAAACAAGGAAAAGAAGUCGGGCGAUGACUCUGGACCCAAAAUAGUUAUACCCAAAGCGCCCAAGGAGCCGCCACUAGUGCUGCCUGGCUUGCUGCCCGAUGCGUAUCCCACAUUUCUGGAGCGUGAGCAUCAGCAGUAUAUGGAUUUGCUAGAUGAAGUUUAUCAUCCGCGCAAGCUUCGGCUGGCGUCUCACGAGAUUAAUAUGAGGGAGCACAUUAUACUGGGCGGCAUCUUCUCGCUCAUGUUUGUGCGUCAAAUGCCCAAUACGCACUUUCAAAAGUUCAACAUUGUGCUGCACGAGAAUGGCCGCGUGCUGUACACCAUGCUGGAUGUGGUGGCCGAUGUGCUGCGUGACUCGAACUCAUCGCGCCUGUCACGGCUUUCGCGGCGCAAGUCACGCCUGGAGCUGUCGCAGCUGCAGGAAGGACCGCGCAAGACGCUCAUGCUGGAGGAUGAGGAGCUGCCGUAUUUCUUUGUCACCAUCGAGCUGCCGCGUGAGCUGUGUCUGUGGGGUGAGCCCACGGUCUGUCAGUAUAUGACCAGCCAGGAGUACGAGGUUUCGUCCGAAAAUAUUUCAAUACGCGAGGAGAGCAUCAGUGUUAAAAAGAAGAAAAAGAAGUCAACGAUACAGCGAAACACAGUCAGUAACUUUGGUCCAAGGCCAUCGCAAUUUGCACGUAUACGUCGUAAGACUUUAGAGAUGGAGAAUGUCUUUCGACCCACAUUGGUCUCGCUGCUGCGUCACAGUCGCUUGGCAAAGCCAGAGGAUCGCAUUUUGCCGCUGCGUAACUUCAGCUUGGAUCAACGCUUGAAUCAAAUACAAAUACGCAAAAUUGUGCGCUACUGCGUGCCGCGCAUAAUCUCUUCAUUUAAAUUUCCACUGGAGGUUAAGGAGGAUCGCGACGCAAUGGAUACGCGACCGAAGAACAAAAAUAUGCUCAUACGGCGUCGCAGCUUGGAGGCGGAGGAGACGCAAGUUGCUGUGCGUGAUAUUAAUUUUGAUUUCGAUGUGCAGCAUCAGCCCGAGCGUCUGUUUCCCAUCUUUGCCGAUGUGGAGCAUGUUUAUUAUCCCGAACAUGCGUACACUGAGCACUCGCAGAAAAAGGAAUCCAUCUAUGGCAUACUGGAAGCAUUCGAUAUGAUCAAAAUGCGCUAUCAAACAGACUAUAGUAAAGUGAUGCACCAAAAGGAAUUUACUGCAGAUCUCAAGAAGUCCAAGAAGCAUGCACCAGCGCAAGGCUUGGCCGCGCUGCAAGGCAGACGACAACCCUCCGUAAGGGGCAGCAAAUUUUCGGUGCAUAGCGCUUCGAUCAUUUCAAGUCAUCGCACAUCCAGCGCCAGUAACAUUGGCGAGCAGACUUCGGUCACAUCGAAUAUUGAAGCUGCUGAGGCGCCAACAGAACGCAACACUUUCAAUAUAGAAGAGCCAGAGGAGAAGCCCAAAAUCGAAGUUGUACACUGGACUACCAAACAUAUAUUGUCGACGCAUUUCGAUAGAGAGGCGAAAAUAAUGCGCAUUAAAACGGAUCGCUUGGGAAACUUUGGACUGGCCUUUAAGCGUUACGAGCAUUUUCCAUUUCGCGACUGGAUUAUGCAGCCCAAUGAGGAUAAUCCUGAUGAGAUUAUGCUAAAGGUGGAUACAUUUCAUGUGCGUGUUUUUUUGUAUAUUACCAAUCAGGGCAUCAGAGGCUAUGCUACAGAUAUAAGCAAGGGAUAUGUAGCGCAUCCAGUUAAAUAUAUGGAAAUUAUUGAGCCCAUUGCUGAUUUUCGUUUGCUGCGUCAGAAGUUAUGUGAGAAGAACAUUAAUAUAUUUGCUCAAAACGAUGCUUGCUUCUAUAUAACCAAUGGCUACUUUUCCAUUAAGCAUUUGGCUUUAGAGGAUCAUACAUAUGAUGCCAUGGCGCUGCAUUGCAAGACGAUGAAAUUCUAUCGCUCUGGCUGGAAUCGUUUGUCCUCGCGUCGCAAUUUGCUGCUGGGCAUGAAGAAUGCCAAGGACAAUACAGACUAUACGGAAGUUACAAUGCGCAUUACGCCGGACAAUACAACAUUUGUUGAAGUCAGCGAGCUCUGCUCUGAUGAUCUUGAUGUCAUUAAGCUGGACUUUAAGCUUACCUGGCGUAAUAUUGGCCACUAUACGGAUCUGCAUCAGGCUAUAUGCAGCAUGAGUCCCAGCGCUUCGGAUGCCAGAAAUCGCGAUGCCAUGCUGCUCUAUUAUAUCAAGAAAAUGCUUAACGAGUUGCAUGUUAUGAGUUUUUCCUAAACUUUGCAUCAUUUGUCAGUUUUGUUUUUAACACACACACACACGCACAUAAAAACAAAAUAUAAAAAAUAAAAAAACAAUAAAAU